CAACUGCAGCCACCCCUGUAGCUAGCAAGCCAACAAAGUCGGAACAUUCAAGUUCUUUAGACAAUUUCGUGGUUUAUUUGCCACUAUGCUUUACAUGUACUUAUGUGGGAGCAACUAGCUACCCCAUUUAAUUUAAUAUAUACGUUGUAAGUCAACUAGCUGGCUGGUUAAGUUAGCACUAGUCUAGUCGCUAAUGCUAACCAGCUGUUAUCCCUGACCAUGAGUUCAUUAAGCUACUCUCCUCCUGCUAAAGAAGAGGUGGGCUGCUGGAUGGAGAAGGAAGCUCUCGUCAAAGACGAGGAUGAAGAGGAGGCUGUUACAAUACAAAAACAAGUAGAGGGUGAGGCUGUUACAGUGAAAGAAGAAGAGAAAGACGUUACAGAGAAAGACUCCUUCAGAGUGAAAGAGGAGGAGGAUGUUACUGUGAAAGAAAAGGAGGAAGAUACAGUUUUGGAAGUGGAGGAUGAAGUGAAAGAAGAUGAAGACGUUUUUGGAAUGAAGGAUGAAGAGGGGGAGAUUACUGUCACAUUAGAGGAGGAUGAAGAAGAGAAGACUGGAGAUCUGAUUAACACCAGUAAAUACAGAGAGCGACGGGACUAUCUUGGAUCCUCUGGGAAGCCUCAACAACAUCAUGAUGCUGACGAGGCAGAGAAGAGUCUCUCCAGAUCAGAACUCCUCAAGAAACACCAGCAGAGACCCAAAGGAAAGAAACCUCACUGCUGCUCUGACUGUGGGAAACAUUGCAAAUCUUCAUCAAAACUUAAAAUACACCAGCGAGUACAUACAGGAGAGAAACCUUAUAGCUGUAAUCAAUGUGGGAAGAGUUUUACUAAUUCAAGUAAUAUGAAAACACACCAGAGAACACACACAAGAGAGCAGCCUUACAGCUGUGAUCAGUGUGGCAAGAGUUUUACGCAGUCAACCAACCUGGUAUCACACCAGAGAACACACACAGGAGAGAAACCUUAUAGCUGUGAUCAGUGUGGCAAGAGGUUUACUCAGUCAAGUAGCCUGGUAUCACACCAGAGAACACACACAGGAGAGCAGCCAUAUAGCUGUGAUCAGUGUGGCAAGGGUUUUACUCGGUCAACCAACCUGGUGUCACACCAGAGAACACACACAGGAGACCAGCCUUAUAGCUGUGAUCAGUGUGGCAAGAGUUUUACUAAUUCAAGAAAUCUGCUAUUACACCAGAGAACACACACAGGAGAGAAGCCAUAUAGCUGUGAGCAAUGUGGGAAAAACUUUUCUCGAAUAGGGUACCUUAAAGGACACCAGAGAACACACACAGUAGAGAAGCCUUAUAGCUGUGAUCAUUGUGGAAAGAGUUUUACUCAGUUAAGCAAGCUGUUAUCACACCAGAGAACACACACAGGAGGGCAGUCAUAUAGCUGUGAGCAAUGUGGGAAAAUCUUUUCUCGGAUAGGACACCUUAAAGGACACCAGAGAACACACACAGGAGAAAAGCCUUAUAGCUGUAAUCAAUGUGGGAAGAGUUUUACUCAUUCAAGUAAUCUGAAAACACACCAGAGAACACACACAGGAGAGAAGCCUUAUAGCUGUGAUCAGUGUGGCAAGAGUUUUACUCAGGCAAGCAACCUGGUAUCACACCAGAGAACACACACAGGAGAGCAGUCAUGUAGCUUUGAGCAAUGUGGGAAAAACUUUUCACAGGGAGAACGCCUUAAAGAGCACCAGAGAACACACACAGGAGAAAAGCCUUAUAGCUGUAAUCAGUGUGGCAAGAGAUACUCUCAUUCAAGUGGUCUGAUUAAACAUCAGAAAAUACAUGCAGGAGAUCCACAGAGUGUAGAAUGAUCUCCAACACCAGACCUGGAUAGUAGAACACAGAGUGGGGAAUGAUCUCCAACACCAGACCUGGGUAGUAGAACACAGAGUGUAGAAUGACCUCCAACACCAGACCUGGGUAGUAUAACCCAGAGUGUAGAAUGAUCUCCAACACCAGACCUAGGAUUAAAUGUCAGGUAUUGUGAAAAACUGGGUUUAAAUGUAUUUGGCUGAGGUGUAUGUAAACUUCUGACUUCAACUGUAUAUACUUCAAAUCACAAUUUAUUUGUCACAUACACAUGUUUAGCAGAUGUUAUUGCGGGUGUAGCGAAAUGCUUGUGUUUCUGGCUCCAACAGUCCAGUAAUAUCUAGCAAGUCAUUUCUAACAAUACACACAAUCUAAAGGGAUGGAGUUAAGAAAAUAUAAAUAUUUCGACAAGCGAUGUCAGAGCAGCGUAGACUAAGAUAUGAAAUGAGUAAUGCAUAGACUAAGAUACAGUAGAAUAGGAUAGAAUAUAGUAUAUACAUAUGAGAUGAGUUAUACAUAGACUAAGAUACAAUAGAAUAGAAUACAGUAUAUACAUAUGAGAUGAAUAAUGCCAGAUAUGUAAACAUGCAGGAGAUCCACGGAGGAAAGAUAGUGAUGGUGCUCAGUGACGUUGUUGCAAAUGGUGGGGAACAACCGAUUUCGGCAUUUUUUAUAAUUUUACCCGCGUUUUUUCUCCCCAAUUUAGAUUUUAAAAUUUGAUCUAGUUUCAUUGGUGGAGUUUAAACACUUAAUCGGCGAAGGAAAGAUAGUGAUGGUGCUCAGUGACGUUGUUUUAAAUGCAACCAAUUUCAGAAUUUUUUUAAUUAAUUUACCACCGUUUUUUCUCCCCAAUUUCGAUAUUGUGAUGUCUACAGCGCUGUUGGCUGGUCGUCAUUGACCUUGCGUAGGCUUAAACACUGGUAUACACUGAUUUACAAGGCCAUAUUGGGUAUAAUGCCAUUUUAUCUCUGUUCUUUUUUAGUCAGGUUGGUAAAUAAAUAUCAUUUAUGGUCCCAUUCUGAUUUGUUCUAAAAGUACAAAAAAUUAGAGCAGGUCAUGGUAGAAAUAGUUCUAGUUACUUAGCUCCGUUGUCCUGGAAUUCUCUCCUGAACAUUUUAAAAUGUGAUGAUCUAGUUUCGUUGGUGGAGUUUAAACACUUCAUCGAUGUAUAUAUCAUAGGAGAGUGUAAUUGUUUUUAGGCCAGCAGUUUUUAGUCAAGACUUUCGUGUUUUUAACGUAAAAUGUUUUUGUUGUACUGUAUGUGUGUUUAUAGCUUUGUUUAAUGUUGUGUAUGUAAGUUGUUUUGUCUGAAACGUUGUUCCCCCUGCUGCUAUUGGACCAGGUCUCUCUUGGAAAAGAGAUGUUAUCUCAAUGAGAAAAACCUGUAUAAAUAAAGUUAAAUAAAAA